AUGAUCGCUUCCAUGGACGACGGAAAUGGCCGCAAGAAAACAAUCGCCUUGACAUCAACUGCUGGGAGAGCACGGGCGACACCGAUCGACUGGGCGGCGGCCAGCGGCCACUACGACCACGUCCGGGAGCUCCUCCGCCUCGACCCCAACCUCCUCGUCAAGCUCACCUCCCUCCGCCUCAUCCGCUGCCUCGAGUCCGGCUGGGACGACGACGCACGCCUAACCGUGCUGCCAUCGCCGCCGCCACCUGCUCGACCGAGCCAUAUAAGCCCCUUCCCCGCCUCCAGAUCGACUGCGACGCCAACCGCGUGCCUCCGCUGGGCCAGCUACGGCGGGUGGCUCCUCUACACGUCGGCCGCGACCGGCAACGAAAGCCUCGCCAAUGGCUUCUUCAGCCGGGCAACUGCUUCUAAUGUCAGUGGCCAUCCUCGGCAGCGCAGGGUGCUUCGCAUCGGACACCAUCACCCCAACUCCGCCGUCUCCGGCAGCAGGACCGUCGUGUCGACGGGCGGCAACUUUGAGCUCGGCUUCUUCCGUCCAGCAGGUGACAGCAACACAGCUUCCUCCUCUGAUGGCAGCAACCACUACUACCUCGCCGUUGCGGCGGACGGCAAUCUCGUGCUCACGAACGAGGUCGGCGAGCUCGUCUGGUCCUCGAACGUCGUCAUCUCCAGCAGCAGCUCCAACGGCACCGUGGCUCUCCUCUUGGACAGCGGAAACCUCGUCCUCCGGCGCGACGACGGCGAGGUCCUGUGGCAGAGCGCUGAGCACCCCACCGACACGUGGCUCCCGGGAGUCCGUCUCGGCAUGAACAAGAUCACCGGCCACGUGCAGGCUCUGACUUGCUGGAGGAGCUCCAGUGACCCGGCUCCCGGCGUGUACUCGCUGGGGAUCGACCCGAACGGGACCAGUCAGUUCUUCACGUACUGGAACACAACCGUGAGUUUCUGGAGCAGCGGAGAGUGGAACGGCAACAUCUUUGCCGGUGUCCCGGAGAUGACGUCGCACUACUUUUACAACUUCGAGUUCGUGUCCAACGCCAACGCCAGCUACUUCGACUACUCUCUGCAAGACCCCACGGUCAUCUCCAGGUUCGUCUUGGACGUCUCCGGCCAGGUGAGACAGCUCAUCUGGGUGCCGUCGGCCGACGAGUGGAUGAUCAUCUGGGCGGAGCCACACCAGCUCUGCGACGUCUACGCUGUCUGCGGCGCGUUUGGCGUCUGCGACGAGAAGAGUGAGCCAUUCUGUAGCUGCCCCACUGGCUUCCGCCCCUCCUCCAUGGAGGACUGGGAGCUAGGAGAUCACUCACACGGCUGCCGCCGAAACCAUCCCUUGCAGUGUGACAGUGGCAAGGACGGUGACGCCUUCUUGCUGGUGCCAGGUAUUUCUCUGCCGGGAAACCCGUCGCCGCCGGUUGAAGCAUCAAGCGCUCAAGACUGCAGGUUGGCGUGCUUGAGGAGUUGCGACUGCAACGCUUACUCCUACGGCAGACGAUGUGCUCUGUGGUACGGUGACCUGCUCAACUUGCAGCGACGGGUCGACGACACUGCAGGAAUGGAUGAUCUUCACCUCCGGUUGUCUGCCAUGGACGUGUCCUCAAAAGAUCAGUACUUCCCGCUGGUGGCCGCGAGGAAUGUCAGCGAAGGGGCGGCGCUUGUCGCGCUGCUGGACGAGCGGCUGCAGGGAGACGCCGACCCGCGGGAGCUGGAACGCGCGUGCAGGGUGGCCUGCUGGUGUGUGCAGGACGACGAGGCGCACCGGCCGACGAUGGAACAGGUGGUCCAGGCGCUGGAAGGUGUCGUGGCCGUGAACGUGCCGCCGAUUCCGACGUCGCUCCAAGCCUUCGCAGAUUGA